CCCUUCCUGCACAGGCCAUCAACGAGCUCCUCCCACGCGGUCCGCUGCGCGUGGUCAGCGGACAGCUGGGCCGCGUCGCAGUGCAGCUGCCCUUCCCAAACCUCUGGAGCGGCGAGCUCAGUCUCUCGCUCUCCGACAUCGACGUUCGCGUCGCGCUCGACGGCAAAGUAUCGCCGCCGGCGUCGCCGUUCGACAGUCCUCGUGCUGGCCGCUCUAGCGCAGGCCUCGAGGAGUCGAUCCUCGGCGCUGCAGAGAGCGUGUUUCAUGACACGCUCGAGGGGCAGGAGCUGGAGGAGUCGCUGCAGGCGUCGAUGCUAGCCGCAAGCACCGCUGUACCAGGCACGUCAGCUGCUGCAGCUGCGGCGUCAGAGGCGCCCGCGCCCAGCUCGCUCAUCGCCGGCAUCGUCGAGGGUCUGCUCGCGCGCCUCAAGGUGUCCGUGCGGCGAGUGACUCUGCAUCUGCAGCACUCGCAGCACCUCUCGGCGGCUGCCGGCGUGCAGCUCGAGUUGCGCAUGGAGUCGUUCGACCUUCAAUCGGAGGCCUCUGCCCCAGCAGCCUCGCAUCCUGCGGCACUGCAAGACCGCCUCGUGCAAGAAGUCGUGCGCACCGCCCGCGUCGCGGGCAUCUCGCUCUGGAUGACGCUGCCUGCCGACGCCGCCUCGCACGAAGCACGCGGCACUCGCCAGGCGCGGUGGAGAGCGGCGAGCUCGAGCGAGUCGGGGAGCUCGGACUCGGACAGCGAGACGAACGAGUACAUGGAGAUGAGCUCUGCCAUUCCGGAUCUGCGACAGAGCAGCAUCGCCACUGGCGCGCUUGACGCGAGUCAGGCCAGCGUGUAUGCCAGCGCAGAGGACAUUCGAGGCGUCGAGGUCUCCCAGACGAAGAGUCGGCCCGACGCGAGCGCCGACACGCAGGACGUCGACCGUGGGCCUGAGAUGCUUUUCUCGCUCGGCAGCGAGGCAAUCGUGGUGCGCUUCGCGACGCUCAAAGAGGUGCCGCGGCCUGCGCCAGACAAUUUUGCCUCGCAGAACGAGGAACCCGAUGCAGGAGAGGCGCAAGAGAACGAGACAGUCGUGGCACUGCCAGCCUCGCGGCUGCGCACGUCGCUCAGCGUCGAAGUGGGCGCCGUCGUCGCUUUCGUGCAUCCGCGACAGCUUGCGGCGCUGAUGUCGAUGGCAGGCGAGCUCGGCUCGGCCUCUAGUCCGCCACGCGACGACGAGCAGCCGACCUCCCUGCCUGCUGCUCGAGCAGCCUUCGACGCGUCACUGCGUAUCGCUGCACUGCACCUCAUCUGCGCGUACGAGUCGCCCAAUCAGCUGUCGCCGCCUUCGAAGCGAGCAAUGCACGAGUCGCUGCAGGCCUUUUGGCAGCGGCCGGCACGCAUACAUCCGGCCGUCGGCCACUUGCGUCUUCGUGUGGAGGGAGUGGAGCUCGAUUACGCCGUCGCCGCCUCGUCCGAGCUCUCGCCUACAGCAUGCGUUCUGGUGACGGACGUCGGCGUCUACGAGCACCUCUCGCCCCACCUGGCCAACGGCGAUGUCGCGACGGUCUUUCCGAUUCUGUUGCCCGACGCCAACAUGCAGGAGCAGUACGCGGUGCCGCUGGCCGGCACGCCCUUGGGCCUCGAGAAGAGACGAGAAGCGCUGGCGCCCUUGGAGCAAGUCAGUAUGGACGCGGCAGACUGGCGUCUCGCGGCCAGCGAGCAGCGCUCCGCUCCAUCAGCGACUAGCGAAGCUCCGCGAGCGUCGUCACAGGGCCCCUACUGGCGCGCCUCGUGGGGCGAACGCGCGUGGAAGGUGCGCCCUCGAGCUCGACGCGCUUCAAGCAGCGUCUCGUCUGCUGCGAAGGAGCUCUUGCGUCCGGCUGUGCGCGUAAAUGUCGUGCUGCUAGUGACUGGAGCCUCGACAACGGUGGAGCUGGCGCCGCUACAUGUCUUUGUCGACGUCUCGACGGUCAAUCGCCUCAUGCCGUUGGCGCAGUCCGCCAGCGCUGCGCUGCGGCAGAACGUGUGGUCGUCGGCACGCUCGGACAUGUCGCAGUCCUUCGCCACGCUGACCGCAUCGCCCAAGGUCAAGAGCGCGCCGCUGCAAGGAGCCUCGACCUCGACGUCGGCCAGCAGGACCGAGCUGCGCUGUGCCUUGCUGCGCGUGGAGCUGCGCGUGCCGAGCGCGGCUGCGGGACCUCAAGCGUCCGAGCUUCGGUCUGGCAUCCUGAUCGUCGAUGUUCAGGGCAUUGAUGCGCGUCUCGGUCCGCCAAGUAGAGAUGUACCGCCGCAUCGGUCAUCAGUCGGCUUCGCGACUGGCCCGCCGCACACACGGGCGCGUCCUGACGCCGUCGCAGAGGACGGACGCUGCUCGAUCGCCGCAGUUGUAGCCUUCUUCAAGCCGAUCCGAGAGGCACGAGCCACCGCAUUCGCGGUAGUGGGCAAGCUUGCGGCAGACGAGGCUGCUGGUGCACCGCGCGACGAGCCUCGGCCACUGAGCCUCUGCUUGCUUCGUCGUCCCGGUGCUGUGUUCGCCAAACCGCGCUCAUCGAUCGACGUGCAGCUGCCGGCCGUGCGCACAUCUCUGUCCAAGGCGCUGCUAGACCAGCUCGAGCUGCUGGCGGACGAUCUCUCGCAGUGGUCUGCGGCGCUCGGACGUGAGACCGACACCGACGACGUCGACGGCGGCACCGACGCGCUCAAGAUUCUCGGCUCGCGCUUCUUCGGCACCAAGCACAGCAUCUCUGCCUUAUCGGGCAGCUCGGACUCCACUGAGCUGGCCGGCAGGGGCGACAGCGCGCCGGCGCUAGCAUUGAGCAUCUCCGAAGCGUCCGUCUCGCUCCACGUUCCACGCGCGGACUCGACCAAGGAUCUGCAUCACCUCGAGGCGUCGGCGUCGGAGAUCGCUUUGUUCGUCGAUCCCGCGCAUGCCGAGCUGACUACGCUCAUUGAUCUUUCGAUCAUGGACGUCGUGGUCAAAAGCCGCGUGGAAGAAGCGGCCACGACGUUCGUCUCGCGCACGCUCGAGCAGUCCCUGGCGUCGGGCGGCAUCGCGAUGAUCUCGCUGCAUCUCUUGUCCAUCGCCGAGGCGGACACCAGCUACCGCGAGUCCAAGAUCGACGUCGCGCUGCGAGGCUUCACCGUUGCCGCCUCGCCGUCCGACGCGGCGCUGCUCAGCGAUCUUGCGCGCUUCCUGCAGUCGCCCGAGGGCGCCUUCGAGCACGUCGAGCCUAACGAGGUCACGCGCCUGUCGCUGCGCGUCAGAGACGUCUCUCUGGUCGUGUCUGCUCCUCGAGUCAGCGCGCAGGCGGCGGCUGUCAUCGGCGAGCUCUCGCUCAAGGCCAAGCUGUCGCCGUACUCUCGGCGGACCACGUACAAGUUUGCGCUCCGCAACACUUCCGUGCUGCUCGCAGAGAGGGCCACCGCGCCCUCGGAAGAGAGGCGCCGCAAGAUUCGCACGCCACUCGACCACUGGGCCGCCUGUGAAUUCGCCACGCUCGUCGACCUCGCCGAUGCCAAGGGCAGCCUAACGCUCAGCACGCUCACGCGGCCCGAGGUCGAUGUCAAGGUGUCGCGGCUGCGCAUCGAAGUCACUGCCUGCGCAGACACGCUGAGCGUCGUGGCUGAGCUCUCUCGCGCCCUGACGCCCGUGCCUGGGCCGCCUCCGUCAUCCAGCGACCCCUCCGACGCGCAGGCUGCAGAAUUGCGCGCUUCUGCGGCGGACUCUGACUCGAAAGAGCCAGACGGACGAGACAUGCUCGCGAGCCUGGACGAGGAUGCAUUCCGCCGCAGCAGUCAGAACGCAGUGCUUGCGUCUUCUGCCGACCUCGUCGAGGACGACAUUCCUCGCAACGCAAGCUACCUUGGCGCCGCGCCCGCCUCGCCCAGCAUCGUGUCGGCGGCGCUCGAGGAUGACGAGCUCCUCGGCUCGGGCUCCAUUGAGACGCUCGACAUUGCACCGUCCGUCGCCCAGAGCGCAAACGUCGUGCUCCAGAACGACGUCGUGACUGUGCGCCUGCUCGAUCCGCGAGGCAUCUGCCCGAAGCCCAACUACUUUACCGAUCCGCUGCUCGAGCCGCACGUGGCGCAGAACUCUGCCUUUGCCAGCUCGGUGCGUGUCCGCAUCGCUGACUGCGACUUUGCGCUGCGCCUGUUCGCUGGCUACGACUGGGAUGCAACGCGGCAGGCCAUCGAGACCGAGGCCCGGCGGGUGCGACGCCGGCUGCAGAAGAUCCAGCAGCUGCUGGACGAAGGCCAGACGCCCGACGACAGCGUCGAGGCCAUCACGGGCGCGCUCUUCGACUCGAUCCACAUCUCGCUGCCCGCGGCACAGAGCGAGCUGGAUGUCGGCGCCGCCAUGAAGGUCAUGGACGACGAGCUCGGCGAGCAGUCUGAGACGGCUUCCAACGCCAGCACGUGGCAGCCACUGCCGAGUGGCGCGGGCAUCCGAGCGCCAGUGCACGGCCCCGCCUCGCGCCGCCGGAGCAAGCUGCAGCGCUCGCACAAGUCUAUGAUCGACAUUGAGCUGCGAGGCAUCGAGGCCGAGUUCGACGCCUUUGGGCGUACUUCGCCGACUGCGUCGCGGCUCGCGGUCAAUGCGCGCUCGCUGCAGAUCCUCGACAACAUUCCGACGUCGACGUGGCGCACCUUUCUCACCGAGAUGCUGCCCGAGAACCGCGCCUUUCGGCGCAACGACGAGUCGCGCAUGCUGCGUGUCGAGGUGCACAACGUCCGUCCGCAGCUGGGCCAGUCGCCGCGCGAAGAGGUGCGUGUGCGUGCCAAGCUGGCGCCGCUGCGGCUGCACGUCGACCAGGACGCACUCGACUUCUUCAAGAAGUUCUUCUCGUUCAAGACGCCCGGCGUCGAGCCGGAGCCUGCUGGUGCGCCGGCGCCGCCUUCCGGCCCCUUUAUUCAGCACGCCGAGAUCUUCCCCAUCCGCCUCAAGCUCGACUACAAGCCGAAGCGCGUCGACUACGGCCUGCUGCGCGAGGGCAAGACGGUCGAGCUGAUGAACUUCUUCCACUUCGACGAGGCAGAGAUGACCCUGCGGCACGUCACCCUCCGCGGCCUUAUGGGCUGGGCGCGCCUGUUCGACACGCUCAACGACAUCUGGACGCCCGACGUCAAGGCGAACCAGCUGGCCGACGUGCUGAGCGGCAUUGCGCCCGUGCGCUCGCUCGUCAAUGUCGGUGCCGGCCUGGCGGAUCUCGUGCUGCUGCCCAUCGAGCAGUACCAGCGCGACGGGCGCCUGGCGCGCGGCCUGCAGAAGGGCGCCGCGAGCUUUGCAAAGACGACGGCGCUGGAGGCCGUGCGCCUAGGCGCCAAGCUUGCGACGGGCACGCAGGUGAUCCUCGAGCAGGCCGAGCAUGUGCUUGGCGGGCGCAUGCACUCGGCCGUCCGCGCCGAGGCCAUCGCACAGCCCGAUGCCGCGGAUGCAGGCAGCAGCGCCCUCGACGCCGCCGAGCGCGACAGCCUCAUCAGCCGCUACGCCGAGCAGCCCGAGGACAUGCGCGACGCGCUGGCGCAGGCCUACGCCGGCCUCAGCCGCGGCCUCGGCGACGCCGCACGCACCAUCCUCGCCGUGCCGAUGGAGGUGCACGAGCGCAGCAGCGGCGCCGGUGCCUCGCGCCCGGUGAUCCGCGCCGUGCCCAUCGCCGUGCUGCGCGGCGUCGCGGGCGCCUCGGAGGCGGUCAGCAAGACGCUCCAGGGCCUGCAGCGCGAACUCGACGGUGCGCCGCAGCUGAGCGAGGACAAGUACAAGGCGCGCAAGCCUCCGCCGCGAAGGACCGAGUGAGGGGCUUCAAGAGGUGCUCCGAGGGUGGAGGGGGGUGGGGGCGGCGGAGAGGAGAUAGAGGAGGACGAAUUGGGUGCCGGACUGGGAUGAGGAGACGCCGCUCCUCGGCCCCUGCCCCGCACCCUGUCAUCCAUCUCCAUCUCCAUCUCCUCCUCUUCCACCCCGUCUCCCUCCCGCUCCUCGCUUCUUCCUUCCGCCCGGACUCCCUCGAGCUGGAAGAGAACCGGGAGGAGAGGAGGGGCAGAGAGGAGGAAAGGCGAGAGGUCAGAGUACGGAGUGUCGCACACGGCGGGGUGGCUGGAGCGGAAUGUCUUCUCCGUUGCGCUUCCCCACCGUGUACGUCCACUUCCUGACUCUAGACUCUUCUCCUUGAUCUCCCCUUCCCCCCUUUCUCUCUCGCUCCGGCGUUGCCCCGUCCUUCCACUCUUCCUGCUACCUGUCCUCUGCCUCCCCUGCUUCUCCUCUUCCUCCAAUAUCGAUACCC